GAAAUGUCUUCAUUUCUAAAUGUUGGUGAUUUAAUAAACUUAAUCCCAUUUGUUCCACAAUUAAAAGAUAUAUUUUUUCAUUGGGUAAAUCUGGAUGAUAACAAUCGAAGACAUCUCAAAUUUUUAGCUGAACAAAAUAAAAAUAUUGGAAUAAAACCAAUGAUUUUGGCUCUAGAACAAUGGGAAAAUAUGCAGAAUAAUUUCGGAGCACCUGGAGUAGAAAAGGAAUUUGUCAUUUGGGAUAAUAUUACCUUACAGGAAAUCUUGGAAUGCAGCAAUACACUGAACAAAAUUAUAAUUGAAAUUAUGUGCUUAACAUAACAACUGAUGGAAAUUCCUAAUAUAUUUGUAAAAUAUUUUAUUAUUAUAAUACAUAUAAAUAUAUCAAUACACAUACAUUUAAAG